CCGUGUGAAUUGAGGGGCCGAUUCCGCUUGAUGAAUUGCACUGGACUGAAGCGGGCUGAAGCUAUACCAUUCUCUGCCGACAUCCAAAUACUACGUACAUACUCUUGAGCCUCAUCACCACCUGCACCACAGAAUCACCUGCAGCCAUGGAUAUCCGCCUCCUCACAAACGCAGACUUGCCCCUCAUUCAGCACGCAAACCUCGAGAACCUCCCCGAGAACUACUUCCUCAAGUACUACCUCUACCAUGCCCUCUCAUGGCCCCAACUGAGCUACGUCGCCGUUGAUGUCUCGCGACCCAAGAAGGAUCCCUACGAGUACCCCAAGAUCGUCGGAUAUGUCCUUGCCAAGAUGGAGGAGGAGCCUUCAGAUGGCAUUCCGCAUGGCCACAUUACGAGUCUGAGCGUGAUGCGAACACACCGAAGACUGGGUAUUGCUGAGAAGUUGAUGCGCCAAAGUCAACUGGCUAUGGUCGAGACAUUCCAGGCAAAAUACGUCUCCCUCCACGUCCGUGUAUCCAACGCCGCAGCCCGCCACCUCUACGAAAACACCCUCGGCUUCACCAACGAGAAGACCGAAUCCAAAUACUACGCCGACGGUGAAGACGCCUUCUGCAUGCGUCUAGACCUUGGAGGCAUCAAGAAACAAGUCGACGAGGCCCUUGCAGAGGAAGAAGAAGAAGAAGCCGAGGACGAGGGCGAAGCCGUGGGUGAGGUUGGCCGUGAUCCUGAAGCAGGCAAGGACAAGGACAAGAAGAAGAAGAUGAAGGUUGCUGUGGGGAGGAGCCUGGGCGUUGGUUCGUUGGUGGAAAAGGAUGACUCGAAGCAUUAAGGAGAAGAGAAUGUGAAAAAAGGGGGAAUGUGUGUUUUAAUAGACGGAUAGAUAAAAAGUUGUGAUGUCUGGGUGAAAUAUGUCAUGAGUAGCUGGAAGAUAGUUAUGAUGUUGAUGAGUCUACGCUUGGGACACUAUUGCGCAACUGAGGAGUGAAAGGUUGGAUCCAUCAAAUACUACGAUGAAGCGUAAAUCACAAGUACUGUUUCUAGGCAUAAAGAUUCAUAUCUUACAAGAACUGGAAAAAAA